GAAUAAUUUGGUAAACACAAGCUAAUUGGAUCCAACAAUAACCUAAAGUAAGCAGCAAUAAUCAUGAAUUUCAUCACUGCUCACCAAAUGAAGUACCUGGACAACAAAUUGAAGCAAGAUUUUAAAGAUUCUGAGGCAAAAUUGAACAACGAAAUUCAGCAAUUGAAAGAUUUUGUCACAAACUUGAGUCAACAAGUUCAGGAGAUGAAAGGCUCUGCAAAUGAACCAGAAGGACAGCAGAUAGAGGCAAAAUUGAAGCUUGAAGUCGAAAGAUUACGAAACUCAGAAUCUAAACUAAACCAAAAGGUUGAACAAUUGAAAGUCUCAGAAUCUGAACUUCUCCAGGAAGUCAAGCAAUUACGAGAAUCAGAAUCCAAAUUGCUUCAAAAAGUCAAACUAUUGCAAAACUCAGAAUCCAAUUUACUCCAAGAAGUCAAACUUUCAAGAGAUUCCGAGUUCAAAUUGACAAAGCAACUUCAACUUUUAAGCCACUCUGAACUAAAUUUGACACAAAAAGUUCAACAGUUUCGACAUUCAGAAAUAAAAUUAAUCCAUGAAGUCAAUAAAUUGAAGGUUUCUGAAUCAAUUCUGAAGAUCAAGAUUGACAAACUGAAGGAUCAAGAGAUUAACACAAAGUUGCAGCUGCAAGAGUCGAUUAUGAAUGAAUCUCAAUUAAGAAUGGCAGUAAAUCAACUCAGAACAGACCUCAAAACCAUGAAGCUUAAACAUGCACAAACUAUGAAGAUUAAAGAAGGCUUAACUGCUGACUUUAAACUUUACAUCCAAGACAAUUCCACAAAAGACUUUCAAGUUCAAGUCAAAGAUCGAACAUUCUCAGUCCACAAGUUCCUCCUUGCAGCUCGAAGUCCAACUCUAGCUGAAUUACUGAAAGCCAACCCUGAAGCCAACAACUUAAACUUAGUUGACAUUUCGGUUGACAUUUUUGAGAUAAUUCUUAAAUUUCUCUACACUGAUGAACUUCCAGGCGACGAUGGGACCGACUUUUUACAAAUCUUUACUGCUGCUGGGACGUUAAAGAUUCGGGAUUUGAAAGAUUAUGCAGCUCGUAAGAUUAUUGAAGUUACUGACACAGAGAAUGCUAUGGCAAUUUAUAAUUUUGGAAAACAGUAUGGACAUGAUGGAAUGCAGCAGAAGGCAUUUGAGCAACUUAAGAGAAAAUAUCCGGAUAUUAUUUUGGGAGGUCAUUAUUCAUCAUGUGUUGAGGUUAUUAGUGGCAUCUUUGAGCUUUCAAAAUUCAACAAUGUUAAAAAGUAAUGAAAAUGAGGAAAAGUUUGUAGGAGAAUCAGCGCGGAAGCUGGGAGACGGGAGUGUUUGAAGAGAUAUCAUGCAGAACAAAUUGAAAUUUAAGAAUUUCGUGAAUUAAAGUAUAUUUUUAAAGUUAAAUCCUAUUGCAGUAUCCAAAUAAUAAUAAAAUUAAGUAUAAGCUUCAAGAAUUAGAGACAAAAAUCAAUAAAAUGGAUA